AUGGUUCGUCUACCACUGCCUCAGCGCUUCAUCAGCUCCAAGAGCGCAACUCCCAUUCAGCAGAGUCGAAAUCAAAGUCCAUUGAGGUCGCCAAUGGACUCUACGCUGACACUCAAGGUCAAUGUGAUCAAGGGAAGGGACUUAGCUGCAAAGGACAGAGGUGGCACGAGUGAUCCUUACCUGGUCGUGUCUCUGGGAAGCGCACGCGAGUCGACUCCAACGAUCAGCAAGACUUUGAAUCCUGAUUGGAAUGUUACCUUUGACCUACCCAUUAGCGGGGUACCUCUCUUGGAGUGUGUCUGCUGGGACCGUGAUCGCUUUGGGAGGGAUUAUAUGGGAGAAUUCGAUAUUCCAUUAGAGGAGAUAUUUGCCGAAGGUGAAACUCAACAUCAGGCAAAAUGGUACACAUUAGAGUCCAAGCGGAGACGGCGCAAGAAGAAGGAGAGUAUAGUUUCUGGUCAGAUUCUCAUCCAGUUUUCUCUGCUCGACACUGCCAAUCUCGGCGCAAACCCUGCCGAUACCUACCGAAAGUUCAGAUCUAUCGUGUGCGCUGUAGAAGAAGAAGAAGACGAUACAGCGCUGGAAUCGGUCGAUCAGGAUGAAAACGACAAGGAUGAAGAAUCUUCGGACGAGAACGAUGACCCAACCAAAUCCGAAGUCGUUGAAAAGCGAAGGCGUCGGUUGCGUAUCGCACGACUUAAGCGCAAAUCUCUUGCCGCGAGAGCAUAUCAAUUUUCAGGUGCCUCGAAUGGCGUUCAAGGAGUCAUAUUUCUCGAGAUCAAUAGGAUCAGCAACCUGCCGCCAGAGAGAAACAUGACUCGAACCUCCUUCGAUAUGGAUCCUUUCGUAGUAACGUCACUGGGACGAAAGACUCUUCGUACGAGAGUCAUCCGUCAUAAUUUGAACCCCGUCUAUGACGAAAAGAUGGUGUUUCAAGUCAUGAAACACGAACAGUCGUACACCAUGAGCUUCACAGUGGUUGAUCGUGACAAAUUGUCUGGAAAUGAUCUUGUGGCAACCGCCGAGCUCCCGCUUCAAACACUGAUAGCAGCUGCUCCAGAGGCCGAUCCCGAGACUGGCCUAUACAAGCUACAGGAGCCAUCUAAACCAGGUCAGCCAUUGCAGUCUCAAAGGUCGCGCUUCCGGUUGCCCAUGUCGCGCUCCAACUCUGCAAGUAGCCUGGGCAAAUCAUCGAAACCAACUUUAUCAUCUCAGUCAUCCAGCCCUUCACUUAUUACCACACAAACUAGGUCUGAUCAAUCUCUCCCUACCCCUCCUACUAGCGUCCCUUCCGAGAUGAGUAACCCACUUCUUGACGUCCCGAGCAUCAGCAAUCUUGCACCAAAGAUUGAUGAAACACCCCCGCCGCCCCAAAGCUCUCCGGAUAGCGAAGAUCUAAAGACAUAUACAAUCCCGCUUCUGCUGAAGAACAAGGAGCGGUGGGAAGACAAAUACUCUCCGGAACUCUACAUAAAAGCAAAAUAUAUGCCGUAUAAAGCUCUUCGGCAGCAGUUUUGGAGGGUCAUGCUCAAACAGUACGAUGCUGAUGACAGCGGUCGGCUUAGUAAAAUAGAACUCACAAGCAUGCUUGAUACGCUUGGGUCGACUUUGAAAGAAUCUACAAUCGAUAGCUUCUUUAGCAGGUUCUCUGCUGAGAACGAGUCCGGCGAAUUUAACGAUUUGACCUACGAUCAAGCCGUGAUAUGUUUAGAAGAUGCUCUUCAGAAGGUACAGAAGAGUAGCUUUGGUAGAGUUGACUCCAAGCUUCGGAAACUAAUACCAGGCUCUCUAUCUUCGUCCGGGGACCGUAGCCCAGACACUUCUUCUGGCGCGGAUGAAACGACUGAUUUAGAGGGUGCAGAUGGUCAACCACAGCAACUGGAUUUGUCCGAGUUUCCGGAGGGAGAGCAGCCGUCUCCAGGAUAUGGUGAACUCGUACCUGAUGACCUUGCCGACGAACGAGGUGAAGAGCAUGUCAUCGAAAUCGGAGAAUGUCCGCUAUGCCACCAGCCACGUCUGAGCAAAAGAUCCGACGCAGAUAUCAUCACCCACCUUGCCACGUGCGUUAGUCAAGACUGGCGACAGGUUGAUAACCUUGUCAUGGGUGGCUUCGUCACUUCUAGCCAAGCACAGCGCAAGUGGUAUAGCAAAGUCGUUACUAAGAUUGGUUAUGGUGGAUACCGACUCGGUGCCAAUUCAGCGAAUAUCUUGGUACAAGACCGCAUCACUGGUCAAAUAAACGAAGAGAAAAUGAGCAUCUAUGUCCGUCUUGGUAUUCGCUUGUUAUACAAGGGUAUCAAAAGCCGUGAUAUGGAGAAGAAGAGAAUUCGGAAGAUGCUCAAAUCUCUUAGUAUAAAACAAGGCAAGAAAUAUGACGAUCCAGCAUCUGCUAGUCAGAUUGAAGGCUUCAUCAAUUUCCAUCGACUCGACAUGUCAGAGGUUCUGGAGCCAGUGGAGAAUUUCAAAACAUUCAAUGAAUUUUUCUAUCGCAAAUUGAAGCCGGGCGCAAGACCUUGUUCAGCUCCUGACGAGCCGAGAAUCGUCGUCUCUCCUGCUGAUUGUCGCAGUGUGCUUUUUGACCGCAUCGAAGAAGCUACUAAAAUCUGGAUCAAAGGUCGAGAGUUCUCUAUAGAGCGUUUGUUGGGAAAGGCCUAUCCGGAAGAUGUUUCACGUUAUAAAAAUGGCGCUCUUGGGAUAUUCCGGCUUGCUCCCCAGGACUAUCAUCGCUUCCAUAUUCCAGUGGACGGAGUCCUUGGCACUCCUAAGCCCAUCGAAGGUGAAUACUAUACAGUGAACCCUAUGGCUAUUCGCUCUGCGCUCGAUGUCUAUGGGGAGAAUGUUCGAGUACUAGUACCCAUAGACUCUGUCUGUCAUGGUCGGGUAAUGGCGGUAUGUGUUGGUGCCAUGAUGGUUGGAAGUACCGUGAUUACUCGCAAGUCCGGUGAGAAGGUAUCUCGUGGCGAGGAAUUAGGAUAUUUUGCAUUCGGUGGCAGUACAGUUGUGUUGCUCUUCGAACCUGGAAAAAUCAAUUUUGAUAGUGAUCUAGUUGAUAACUCCAAGGGUGCCCUCGAAACACUGAUCCGUGUAGGCAUGUCCAUUGGCCACAGCCCAGAUGUGCCUCAAUUCGAGCCUGACGUGCGGCAAAAGGAGCAUGAGAUCUCCCAGGAGGAGAAAGAGGAGGCUAACCGCAGGAUCGUGGGUUGA